AUGGAUAUCUGGGUGCAAUCUGCUGGUGGAAAGAAAAAAGGAAGAGUCAAAGGUCAUGUAUCCUUAGGUCGAACUGUAAAGACAUUGAAGCAAUCAACAUCAACUUUGCCUGAAGAUAUUGAUGAGAUGAUUAAGUCACAGAUAAAUGCUUCAAAUGCUGAUUUUUAUGCUCAGUUGCAGAAUGAGCGGCACAAAAAUAAGAAGAUGAGAAAGGAAUUAGACUUGUUGAUGAAGCAUGUAUACAAGAAAUCAUUUUCAAAUGAGCAAUCAUCUCAAGAAGACAACCAAACUUAUGAGAAUGAAAGUGAUGAUGACUCUAAUAGCAUGAAUGAAAGAGAUUCUAACCCUGAUAACGUGAAUGGAAGUGAUCAUAAUUAUGGUUGA